AUGGUUCCGAGGAUUACCUGGGUGUGUGUGGUAGCUGUGCUGGUGAUGGUGGUGGUGCCUUCUGUACCCGGAGCUUCCAUUCCGCCCAACAGUUGCGACUCGGCCACCAAGUUGUAUGCUGCAGAUCUGAACAUGAGGACGUACCAGGACAACACCUCGGAGAAUGGCUAUUACCGGUACCUGACAGUGGAUGCCGAGUCCGGCUACCUGUUCGUUGGAGCGAUUGCCAGCUCCUGUCGAGCUGCAGCUGAUAUGCGCAUGCCCAUCGAUCCCCACCUGCCCUCGGGACGUACUUCCGCCGGUAAAGCUUUCCUCCACACGGAAGAUUUGCGUCUUGGUGGCGGCCACGCGACUGGAAAUAGAUUUAAACAGGAGUUUAAUGCCACGCCGCUGAGUGUAUAUCAGUGCAAAAUACAAGGGAAACCAGAAAUUCCAGACUGCCGGAACCAUGUGCGCCUGCUAGUCCGGAAUUCCAGUAUUCCCAACACCUUCUACAUGUGCUCCACCGGCGCUUUCCAUCCCAUGGCGUACCAACUAAAGAGGCGAAAAACUCCCAGAUUUCAAAUCCUGAAGGAAGACAUGGAAAACGCAGUGGGUAUUUGUCCCUAUGAUCCAGCCGACAACACCACGGCUGUUUUAGUGGAGCGGGGGAACCCCGGGGGCAUCCCAGCUCUGUACGCCGGAGGUGUGACGGACUUCAUCAAGGCUGACCCCAUAAUUCUACGCCCUGACCUCUAUCACCUCAACCGGUCGCUGGAGGUUCGUUUCGUGCGCACCCUGAGGGAUAGAAGCAAGUGGUUGAACGAACCUCAGUUCGUGGGAUCGUUCGAGCUUCACGGGUAUGUCUACUUCUUCUUCCGGGAGGUGGCGCUGGAGUACACCAACUGCGGCAAGAAGAUCUACUCCCGUGUUGUCCGUCUGUGCAAGAACGACCAAGGUGGGCGCUAUGUCUUGAAGAAUGUCUGGACGUCGUUUGUGAAAGCUCGGCUUAACUGCUCCAUACCAGGAGAGUAUCCUUACUACUUUGACGAAAUUCAGGAUGUCUACCUGAUUGGAGAAACGUUCUAUGGCUUAUUUACCACUAAUAUCAACGGGUUAACUGCGUCGGCGAUUUGCGCCUUCACCCUCAGUGACAUGAACAAAGCAUUCUGGGGGCCAUUCAAAGGACAGGAGACGAAAAAAUCCAACUGGCUGCCCAUUCCAGAAAGUGAAGUGCCUGACCCUAGACCAGGGAACUGCACGGUGGCGGACACGCAGCAGCUCAGCGCCCAAGCCGUCAACUUCAUCAGCCGCUCCGAGCUGUUGAUGGACCAGGCCGUGUCGCAUCAGUACAGUCGGCCCCUCUUCUACCAGGGCAACUGCCUGCUGCAGAAGCUGGCCGUGGUCAGCAACGUCUCCACCAACGGCGACCUGGUCUUCUACGCCGCCAGCAAUACAGGACUUGUUUACAAGAUAUUCUCCUGGCCCUCCAAGACACCCGGUGAAGCGCCCAAGUCAUACGUCUCCACUACCUACAUACCUUUUGAUGACGUUCGUCCCGUGUGGAGCAUGAUUUUACAGGGCCAAACGUUGUUUCUUGGCACAGACCAGUCUGUAGCUCAGAUGAGUGUCGUGACAUGUGAUGCCUACAGAAAGGUCGACUUGUGUAUCUACGACCCUUACUGUGGCUGGGAUGUCAACACCAACGAGUGUGUCCACGCCAUCAAAACUCACAGCUGUAACUCCAUUCAUGUAAAUCUCAGCUUUGCCGAUGCCAUUGAUGUUAACCAUGACUUUGUUGUUGUCACUGCUGGUCUUCAUUCUACCUGCAUUGGCACUGUCAGUCAGUCCGUUGACUUGUUACAUUUUGCCGACAUUGACAUCGACACCUAUGGCUUAGACAAAGCCAUACAGCUCAGGGUUGGAGACCUGUAUAAAUAUGAAAAAGUUUCCAAAAUUCUGGGCAGCUCUGUGACUCUUAAAAUAGACUACAAGCUGCACGUCCCGGGACUGGUGUCAUGGAAGCAUAAUGGCAUCAUUGCGGACGAUCGCCAUAUCUUGGCACAAGCUGGCUCCCUCAUUAUUACUGAACUCCGUAAGGCUGACGAGGGUGUUUAUGAGGCAACUGACGAACAGCGCAGAACAGUGGCAAAGUAUCUGCUGAGUAUAGAGACAACAAAAGAGCAAAUAGAGCAGAGAUGGAUGAGAAAAUUUGAUCAGUGGUGUGAUGAAUUUGAGAGAUACCAAAAUGACAUCAGACACUGGGAGCAGAAAUGCAGCACCUGCUGUCAGGACAGUCAGAUCUCCAACGUAGUGCCUAGCAUAGGAGAGGAGUAAAUGAACAUACUUCCUUGAAAUGGUCAAGGCUGGAGUGCCUGGCCUACCUGGUCGUGCACUUGUACCACUUUCUUGAGUUAAUGAAAUGAGAAGACAACUCAUUGAGGGCAUGAGUUGUGCUGGUUCUAUGGCAAUAACAGUUUGUGCAUUCCCUUAUCCCUUAGGCCUCAGGUCCCAGCCUGUGUCUCAUCCAACAUUUAGCCUGGAGCCAUUUGGUCAUGCACAGACUUGAAAGGAAACAUGAUGCGGCAGUUACUGCUACCAUCAUGACCUUAAGCUGUAAGUGAUGAAGGCUCAUUCAUAAUGCGAUGAUUUCCACUCAAACUUGGUUACAAUCAUCGCUGAAGAGAGAAAAAGGAAACUCAAAAUACUGUGACACAGAGUUUUGUGCCCUUAAAGGUCAAUCUUUAUAUGAUAUCUUGCCAUUGACAGGUUUCCAGAAAUGUGCAAGUUAAAGCAUUUAUUAUGAUUUCUCAGGGUUGGAUCCAAGAAGAGAUCAAACGUUUUCCUCAGUGCAUGAUUCUGACAUUUGAGUAAACCUGUGUCCAUGGGAUACUCGGCUAUGUGCUCAGCUUUUCCUGAAACUUGGAUGAUGAACAUUUUCUAACACGUCAGAAGUCUGCAAGUCCAUCUUCAGUGGGCUGACACUCAAUGUGAUAAACUCAGCUGCUUAUACUGACACACUGACACAUUAUCAGCAUGUCAUCUUUUUUUUUUUUCCAAAACUUUCUGAAAAUGCAGCGUACAGGUCAUUGUUGCUAUUCAGAUGAAAGUAACAUUGAGUGCCCUACAAGCGUAACUAAACCUAAUUUUGAAAUGCUUUUUCUUUCUGGAUUAAAGAUGUUUCCAGAAUACAUUUUAAAAUCAUUAAUAUCAGUGCAUUUUAUUUUUUUAAAAGUUAAAAUGUAAGCCACUGCUUGAGAGCUUGGCAUGAAAAGACGGCCUAUAGAAGAAAUGAUAUAAGGGACAUAACUCAUGCAAAAUUUUCAGAAUUGAUUGUAUCCCUUAGUUUCUUGCUGUUAAGCAGUGAAGGUCAUUAAAUAAUUUCUUUGAAGAAGGAUAGGGUAGGGGUGUAAGUACAGGUAUUUAAAGAUCUUCAGUGGUAUUCCAAAGUAAAAUAUAUGGCUGCACUGUAACAAAUUUAUAAGACUUUGUCAGUACAUAGGUGUACUGAUGAUUAGUGUGGAAAAAUAUUGGGAAAACUAGCUGCAUGGAAGUUUCAGUCAUAACAUCAGAUUCAUUCAUACACAUUGCUAUGCAGCGUUUGCAUCAUCUUGCACAGAACUCGCUGCCUACAGACUGUGAUAUAUGUUCUCUGUUGGGUUUAAUUGUUUUAUCCUAGUGGAUUUUUUGUGGGUUUUUUUUUCUUUGUUUGCUUAUUUGUGAUUUUUUUUCUGCCUUUUGCAUCUACCAUUCCCAUUUUCCCUCCAUCAUGUGUUUUAUUGCUUGCAAUGCUUAAAGACUCACAGAAGUGGAAAAAAAUGUUUGCAAUCAAAGUGUCAUCAAACAUAAAAUUGCAUUAUCUUAUGUGAUGUUCCAUUUUUUUUUUUUUUUUUUUGGCAGAGGGAGUGGGGGAGGAGACAGAGAAUGAUAGAAGUUAUUGUGCAUGCUGGAGAAGGUAACUGGUAUGUAGUUAACACAAGUGAUAUUCUAAUUAGAAUGCCUUAAUGAAAUCAGAUAUUGCAAACAUGUGAAGGUUUUGUUAUCCAGUAGGUUUUAAAACUGAUUACAUACAGCAGGACUGUUCCAAAAUGAUAAAACUUUUCUGCAGAUAACUGUCCAGGUUCAUGCAUUCUAAUCUGUACAGCAGCAAAGUACAUUUUAGCUGGAUUCUGCAAAAUGCAAAGCUGUAUCAUGUUUUGGCAUUAGAAAUCUUUAUAUCCAGUUAACUCCUCAGCUCACUCAGAACAGGUGUGGCCACAAAAUGAGUCUACCAAAUGCAUGAGCAAAACGUUAAACUGAAUUUAAAGGGAGAUAAAGCGAACUUAAAUUAGAAUUCAAAAAAGAAAAUCUUCUCCAUGUAAACUUGAGCUUUAAAGUCAAUCAGAAGACACUAAACUGUGACAGUGUCAAUGGUCUUUUUACUGAAGAUGGUGAAAUGCUUAUUAUUCUUUUCCUUGGAUUCUACUUUUCUUCAUGUUUAAGUUUUCAGCAUGUAAGAUUCUUGUAUUUUACCAGCUUUAUAUUAUUAUUAUUACAAUGAUCACUAAUGGCAUGAAAUGUAGGUAAAGUACAAAUCUACAGUGUUAAAACAGAAAUGCAAGAGAGGUUCUGUACAGUUUAAAUGAAUAUACCUUUCAUUUUGGAUUGUGUUUAGUAGACAUAUGUCUUACCUGUUGUGCUAAAUUCUUUACAAUUGUACAGAUUGCUGAGAAUCACGUUUAUUCAACAUGAAGUUUGCUACUUUUUAUUUUUGGAACCAUAAAUGAGCUUGUGUGAGUGUGUGUUGAUGUAUGUCUGUGUGCGCAUACCACAUGUCCUUGUGCACACAGAGAGAGAGAGAGACCAAGACAUUCUUUAUAGUUGCCAUCAUGAAGCCAAUCAGCUUCAAGAAUAUGCCAUAAUGUCAUGAUGGUUUCUGCUAUAAAGCUGUCAUCGUAGACUGUCUAAUCAUUUUCUCCAUGCUUUUGGUUUCUUGUAAAAUCAUUUUGCAGUGGGGUGUGCAUUUUGUAUGCUUUAUAUGAUCACUUAUGAGUGUCCAGUCUGUAUGCACAGUUUAAGAAUGUAUUUUGUGCUUGUAUAAAUUGGUAAGAGUUUCAUUUCUCUUCAUAAUGGUCUACUUUUUUUUUGGGGGGAGAGGAGCUGAAAGUCAGGUUUUAAAACUUUUAAACCAUAUAGCACAUUCACUCCAGGAUGAAUGUUAGAGAAGGUAAUGAGGUUUUGGAGCACUUGCUUAAUUGCAUGCAUGCUCUCUUAUACAUAGGGUAAACAUGAUGUAAAGUUAUAUAAGCAAGAAAUACUGUUAUUGUUAUUAGACCAAGUGUAUAUGGGUGUACAGUGAGGUAGUCAAACAACAAGAACAAUAUCAUAACUCUUUCUAUGGAGUUCGCACCCACAAAUGUGAAAGUCUUAAUAGCUACAGUUCAAUUGCAUCGAUACACCCAUAGUGAAUGAGUUAACGAUUUCUACUGCUGGAAAAGCAUUUCUUACUAAAGAGAAACAUCUAAAUUGCUUCAUUUUGGGAAAAAUACUUUGUUCACCUCACAUCAGAAGUGUGAUACCAUUUGCUUUAUUUCUGAUGAACUAUACAAUCUGCUGUGUUGGCAUGAGGCCUGCUUUCAAAAUAUGAUUUUAAUUAUUUCUUAUAAAUUUAUGUAUUGUACAUCCCUAUCAGUAUGCAAGUGGUCUGGAUUUUACAGCCAUUGUUGGGUGUGGACUGCCAUGAGGUGUCUGUCUACUCUGUGUUUAACGUCAGUCAUAAAUACUGCAAGUAUCAUUGCAAGCUUUCGUCUACAAAUUGAGUAAGGCACCAGUGGAAUUAACACUGCAUAGUGGUGGGUUUAGGCUAGCUACACAAUUUCACAGAGCGCUUGUAUCAGCAUGCAUCUUUGAGAUGGUCUGUUAGGUUAGUGUCAGCACAGUGUUUCAAUCUGAUGUAAGAACCAGCAUCAUUUGAGAAAAAUUAUCUGAUUCCUAGCACACAAUGUGAGUGUUUUACAAUCUACUGUUGAUUCUUAUAGUUCUGUCCUUCCAGUUUUAUCUUACAAUUUUUUGUGAUACCUGUAUGCUGCACAGGAAAUCAUUACAAAAUAAAUUUGAUUAUCAUACAUUGUGAUCUGAGGUGUGACAGUGCUCACCAUAUAUUUUGGACAAAAGUCAAAGUUGACUAUAGCUCGAUCAUCUGCUUAAAUUUCACCAUUAGUACUGUUGUUGAGCUGGAAAUGUUUUGCAUAAAACAAUGGUUGAGAGCACUGUCAGAAUCUGAUUAAUAAAAAGAAACUGGACCAUUAACAAAAGACAUAUUUUGAUUUUUUUUUCUAGUGGAUUUUUAUAUUUGGAUGUUUUGGGGGAGAGAGAACCAAAAUUGUCUCAUAGGGAGCUAAGGGGAAAAAAAUGCUCAACCCAGUUCCUAAUUUUUGUCUGUCUAUAACAAAAUACUUUGCACAUCCAGCAACAUAAAGGACUCAGUCUUUGUUAUAACUAAUAGCUGUACGUGUGCGUGCAUGCUUUUUAGUAUUGUUCACUGUUAAAUUACUGGAGUGUGCAUCAUACAUCUUUUCAGCCACUUCUGUUCAAGAUUGCCCUAAAAAUUUAUAAGAGCAUGAGAUAAAAUGAAUUUUUAAACUGAUUUACAUUUAUUUAUAUGUAUUUAUAUCUUCAACACAAAGUCUAAGGAUUUCUAGAAAUAAAUUCUGAAAUAUAUUGUUAUUCCGUGAAAAAAAGUAUAUUGGUUAGUAAAUAAAGAUGUACUAUUAGACCUUAUAUUUGCACAGGGACAUAUGUAGUCAGUUUUGAGACUGCACUUCUUUCUUCUUGUUUAACAGAUCUUAUUUUCAUAUCUAGCAUGUAUAUGUUCAUGAAUUAGCUUUUGUGCCCUUUCUCUGUCUGAAACUAACUUGCCCCCACUCCCCAACCCUCACUGCCCUUAACUUCUCUAUCUGUAUCCAAUUGCUUGGCAUUGCUUAAGUCGAAACAUCACUUGUGUAAAAGAGAGUGAUUAAUGUAACAAGUGAACAGUAAAGUAUGUUAGAGACAUUUGGAAAAAAAUCAAAAUAGCUACCAUGUAAUAAGUGACAUACAAUUUGUUUCUAUAAUUACUUAUAUGUAGUUUCUGCAACAAGAAGUAACCAUAUAUUUUUUAACCAUAAAAUGUUAAAAUUGAAUUUUUUUAACCUGAUUAUAAUUAUCCUCAUCAGUUUGAAUAUAAGAUCAUAUUGAUCUGAUCUUAAGCUAAUGCAGCGUCUUUUUUCACAUACCAGAGUGGUUGAUGGGUAGGUGUCUUGUGUGAGUGUAUGUGUGUAUGUUUGCACAUGUACUCAUAUUUUAUUUUCUUAUCUGGAUUUAGAUUUGAAGAAAUUAGCAGCUGCCUGGCAUAAAAACUUUGGGGCAAUAUAUAUAUAAUACUAAGCUUGUUCUACCAUUUUUAUCUCCAGCAUCUUUUCAUAACUUACAUAAUUUUAGGCAAAUUGAAUUAUAGCUGUGAAAUAUGUUUAAUCAGUUUCAUAAAUACUGAAAAUUGAGAGAACUAACUGAACAUUUUCAAUGUGCAUUUCAUUCCUGAGACCUUUAGGAAUAGCAAUAACUUCAAAAUUUGUUGCUUAAUCUCUUUUAUCUUUACAUAGUUGUGUAGCUGGGCUUAUAUAUGUACUGUAAAAUUGUUUGUGUGUAAAAAUUUUGUAGUCUGCAUUUGGUUUAUGUGAAGAAGUGCUGUUAGUGUUGGCUACAAGGCUAGCGUUUUCAGUUGCCCAAAAUGAAGGGUUCUUUUAUGCUGAAUGGAUUUAAUGAUAAGCACAGAACAGCUUGUUUAUGUUAUUUUGUUGUGCACUCUGGUUGCCUGUUUGUGAAUUGUUUUAGCGAUCAUCAAGUACAAAUUGUGGGUGCAGGCUUACGUUGUAUGCCUGUGAGCAUGUCUGUUUAUAGGUGUUUAAUGUUUUAUUAAACCCCUCCAGAAAAACAAUGGAUUUUUUUAAAAACAUAAUAUCUGUGCUUGGAUAGAAUUUGCAUAUAUGAGAUGUGACUUUACAAAGGUUUUCUACACAUGCAAAUGAUGUCAAUUACUUGUGUCAGUAAUGCUGACUUAUGUGCAAGAUCAAACACAGUCUAGAACAACACAAUGUGUAAAUAGAGUUGAAUGGAAACAAA